AUGCUAGAGAUCCCGGGUUCCCAGAGGGGGGAAAAGGCCGACCGCCUUGCGGAGUGCCUUCGGGAGGUGCUGGCGGACGUGGCUCGGGUGGAGAGACCUGUCAAAUGUGCGGAUCUUUACAUCCGAGACCUUGACAACAGCGUAACCGUUGAGGAGGUGAUGACAGCCGUGGCAGCUAAGGGUGGUAGCUCUGCUCACCAAAUUAAGCCUGGGCAAAUUCUUGGGCGUGGCAAUAGUAGUACUUAG